GGGGAGGGCGGCCGUGUGUGUCUGUGUUGUUGUUCGGCGGCGGCGGCGGCUGCGGCGGCGGCAGCAGUGGCGGCGGCGGCAAGAUGGCUGCCCACGGGGGCUCCGCGUCGGCGGCGUCGGCGCUGAAGGGGUUAAUCCAGCAGUUCACUGCCAUCACCGGUGCGAGUGAAAGUGUAGGAAAGCACAUGCUUGAAGCUUGCAACAACAACCUGGAGAUGGCAGUCACUAUGUUCCUGGAUGGGGGAGGAAUUGCCGAAGAGCCUAGUACCAGUUCUGCAAGUGUCUCUGCAGUCAGAUCGCACCCAGAAGAAGAAGUUCGUGCCCCAAUUCCUCAAAAGCAAGAAAUAUUGGUGGAACCAGAGCCUUUGUUUGGUGCUCCUAAAAGACGACGGCCUGCACGUUCAAUAUUUGAUGGUUUCCGAGACUUUCAAACUGAAACUAUUCGGCAAGAGCAGGAACUAAGAAAUGGUGGAGCAAUAGAUAAGAAACUGACUACCCUUGCGGAUCUAUUCCGGCCACCCAUUGACUUGAUGCAUAAAGGCAGCUUUGAAACAGCCAAAGAGUGUGGUCAGAUGCAGAAUAAGUGGCUGAUGAUAAAUAUUCAAAAUGUGCAAGAUUUCGCAUGCCAGUGCCUCAACCGUGACGUAUGGAGCAAUGAAGCUGUGAAGAACAUUAUCCGAGAACAUUUCAUUUUCUGGCAGGUUUAUCAUGACAGUGAGGAAGGUCAGAGAUACAUACAGUUUUAUAAACUAGGAGACUUCCCCUAUGUCUCCAUCUUGGACCCACGAACCGGUCAGAAGUUAGUAGAGUGGCACCAAUUAGAUGUAUCUUCUUUCUUGGACCAAGUGACAGGAUUUCUGGGUGAACAUGGGCAGCUGGAUGGACUUUCUAGCAGUCCUCCCAAAAAAUGUGCCCGAUCAGAGAGCCUCAUAGAUGCCAGUGAGGACAGCCAGCUAGAAGCAGCCAUCAGGGCCUCCCUGCAGGAGACACAUUUUGACUCCACACAGACGAAGCAGGACAGCCGCUCAGAUGAGGAGUCUGAAUCUGAACUUUUUUCUGGCAGUGAGGAGUUUAUAUCCAUUUGUGGCUCUGAUGAAGAAGAAGAGGUAGAGAAUCUUGCCAAAUCUAGAAAGUCUCCCCACAAAGAUUUGGGGCAUAGAAAGGAGGAGAACAGGAGGUCACUAACUGAGCCCACUGCCAGAACUGAGCCCGGAACAGCCACAAAUCACCAAGGAUUGCCAGCCUUGGACCCAGAGAUCCUGGAGAUGUCACCUGAAAAGUCAGAUGGAAUCGUGGAAGGUGCAGAUGUAAAUGGACCAAAAGCACAACUGAUGUUGAGGUACCCAGACGGAAAAAGGGAACAGAUCACUCUUCCAGAGCAAGCUAAGCUGUUAGCUUUAGUGAAGCACGUCCAGUCAAAAGGAUAUCCAAAUGAACGUUUUGAACUUCUCACCAACUUCCCUCGGAGGAAACUCUCUCAUCUGGACUAUGACAUUACAUUACAGGAGGCAGGCCUUUGUCCUCAAGAGACUGUCUUUGUACAGGAGAGAAAUUAACACGCUGGCCUGGUCUCUCUCAGCCUCCCCUUCUCCCUUCCCUGUGAUACACCAUAUCACUAAGUAUGCAUUUUGGCUCAUAGGACGAGAGGGCCAAAGUUGGGCAAGCAAGUCACCUGCCUUCUCCUUAUUUCUUGUUCUCUUCUAGAAUUAGUCUCCUUCCCCACCCUUUCUUCUCCUAAUCUCCUACUUUCCCAUGUUCUUUAUUUCUUAUCUAAUCUGGUGACCAAAUGGAAGUGUAAGGAUAAGAGCUCUCCUGCUCUGGCAGCAGAAAAUGUGUUUUCAUACGUGGUCUCUUGCACAGCUUUUUUUCAGGAUCAGAUGGUAUUACUCCUCAGACUCCCUUGACAAAUAAUGGCUAGAUUCAGAAUAAAAACAACCUCCCUUUUUAAUGAGCCCCCAUUUUUAUUAGGGAGAAUUCUGAACACAUUUUUGUUGUUCUUCAUGUAGGAAAUAUCAAGUAACAAAAUACCCAGCGUUUGUUUACAUAGAAAUAGCAUUGUUUAUAGUUUUGCUCAUUAUAUGUAAAAAAAAUUUUUUACAAAGAAUUCCCAUCUUUGCAGCUACAGGUUAUUUCCAUGCUGUGUCUUGGCAGAAUGAGUAUUCAGCGUAGGGGUUGUAGCGUGGGGUGGCUUUCAAUGUCCUAACCUGAAAGACUUUCUUCAUGAUUUCGCUGUUAAUUCUAUUGAUCCUGCUAGUCAUAGAACGGACGUUUAGUGAGCAUAUUGUGGUGUUGGAUAGGAUGGUGCUUGCUAUUUUUGCCAGUAUAGCAUAUUAGUUCUUUGGCUCCUCCAUUGUCUGAGCUGAAGGUGAGCUACAGAAGGCAGCUCUUCAAUAAUCAUGCAGUACAAUGACUUGUAACGUAACCACUGUGGUUAUUGAUUGUCCUAUGUGCUCAAGGCAUACUUAUGUAUGUCCUGGGGGAAAGAAAAACAUGCAGCUGAGAGUUGCUAACCAUGUUCCUUUGGUUAGAAAUGAUUCAUUUUUUUAACCCCUGGUUGGAACAGUUUCUCAAAGGCUCUGGUAACUGACCUGAAUUCCUCACGCUAUUUUCCCUUAGAAGGUAUGAAAGCAAAGUCCUUAAGGGGAAGACCUUUAAACUCCGUUCAUAAGACUUUAGUAAAGGGCGUGUUGGAGGUUACAGUGAUGUUCAGAUGAUGUGGGGGUUUUGCCCAAAAAAGCCACAUUCAGGUUGUAGCUGGUGAAAGCUUCUCUCAAUGUUAUUUUAAGAAACCACCUUGGGUCUGUGUAAUACUGUUGGCUUGUGAGCUUUACCGUGUGCUCAGUUCUUACUUGAGCUCUAGAGUCCUCUGGGGGUGGGGAGUAGUGAUCUGGUAGUGAAGUCAUAAAUUAACUUACACUACUUUUUGUUAGCUGGGGAUUUUAGUUGAUUCUUCCACAGAAGAAACAUAAAUUGCUGUUGCUCAGAGACCUUUAGGUUGCUGUUGACUUGAAGACCAUUUUCUUGGCAACCAGGGGAUUUAAAAAAAUGAUGCUGUGUGUUGAUAGUCCACAAUUAUAGAACAUGGUUUGUAAUGGUUGGAUUUUGAGGGACCCUUUCUGAAGAAUGAGUUAUGUAUCUCCUUGAGGAAAUCAUGGAAAAUUCUGUUAUUCUUCAGUGAGUCCUUUUAAAUUAAUGUUCUUACAUUUGUUUUCUGUGUAAGUGCUUAUGUGUAAGUAUAUAAUUGUAUAAAUAUUUAUAAAUAUAUUUAUAUAAUUACAGUUUCAUUUAUACCUUGAGUGAAAGUUCUCUCUGUAGAGUGGUGACUGAGUAAUACCACUUGGGUGUUUUCAUAGGCUCCUGAGGCUUAACUAGCAGCUUCUUGUCUGUCGUAUCUCUGAACUUGGAUGACUCACUGGCUGUCUGAGGGUAGAGCUGUCCACUGUCAAAGGUACGAUAGAGGGUAUAAAAACUUGUUGGAGGUAGUCAAGGUCAGAUCUAAAAAUCAAGGCAACACAGGGUAAGAAGUGACGAUCUGUGCAGCCUUAUGCCAUGAGGCACCUGUCUUCCCUCCCAGCACAGUCACAGCUGAAGCCCAAAUUGAUCAAACUGUGAAGUCUAGAAUAUUCACUCUAGGACUCUGCUUCAUCCUCUUCCUACCAGCUUUUCUCUCUGAGCCACAUCUUGACAGCCUCUGGCAGCUUGUUCAUAAAGGAGAGGACAUAACACUAGUAUGCAUGGUUAUGAAACACCAAACUUAACUUUCCAACUUGCAUUAGCACGGGGUGACCAGGUACACGUGUGAUUUAAGUAAGAGACAAGUGACCCGACCCAUUCACCCGGCUAAGAUGCAGUUGGCCUAUAAGAGGACAGGACGCAAAGGGUUGUAUUCUGUGUUGAGGCAGGUAUGCAGUUCUUAAAGGGUUAGUAGGCCUUUGUGGGGAGCUGUGGCUCUUUACAGGAAUUCCAACUCUGGAGUGUGGCCUUGCUGAAGAACCUCAUCUGUUUAGGGAGGAUGCUGGCUCCCAUUGGCAUGCUUCCUCUGCAGGUUCCUUUGCACUCUGGAGGAAAGGGUUGACUGAAGAGAUUAAAUGAAGCCAGCAAGGUUCAUAAACAGUCAUUCCCCCUGUAGGUGUUGGGAAUAGCUUCACAGAGGGUUUUAAAGGUCAGGAGGGAAGGAAGAAACAAGGUAGACUUUGAGGCUGAUGGAAAUACCAUAAUGGGGGAUGGAAUGAAAACUAGAGAGGGAAAGGUGAGAGGAAUACAUUUGAGUUUGACUUAAGAAGAGCCCACAGAAGGGGUAGUGCAGGUGCACCCAAGGGAAGGAUGCAGAACGCAUUUUAAGUACCGAGCACGUGCUGUGUACUCUGUGUAAGUCUUCCUGCAGACCCCACUCGUAGGUGUUUACCCUGUUUAAAUAAACCAGGAGAAAAACCGAAGGUCAGAGCACGAGGUCAGCCUUUGCGCUCUCCUUCCACACGCAGGGAGGCAACUUGCCCAAAAGGUCCACUUUGACAGUUAACAUUCAGCUUUGCUUCCUUAAAGCUAGGGGGAGCAGUUGAGGUAAGCCUUUUGGAGUUUGCACUGUGCCUAUAAAGUCUUAUUUAUGUCAUUAUUUUGAGAAGCUGAUUAUUAAAAAAAAAAAAAAGAUGCACUGAUGAAAAUGUGAAAGGAAAAUAACUCUGCGACAUUAUUUGCCUAAAUCUAAAGGGUAAAAAAGAACUUUAUCUCUCUUUAACAGUUUUUUAUAAAAUGUGUAAUAGUUCUUUUCUGUGUCCAAUUCAUGCUAUAUUAUUGAACCUUCCCUGUAUCUUUUAAGUCUUUGUAAAAUUUUGCUUCCUGACUGUAUAAGGCAACAGUCACCUACAGAGUUCUGAAUCAAAUCAGAAAUAUUUUGAAGUCUAGGAUUUGAUUCUUGAUGGUUUUAUCUAGCUAGACAGAUGGAUUACAAAUAAGAUAUUGGGAAAUACAUAAUUGUUUGCCUUUCUGGGCUUGAACUGUAAUUUCAGUAGAAGUUCAGAAAAGAGAAGGAAUUGUGUAGGCUAAAGCCUUAGGAAAGUCUUCACAGAGAUGUAAGACUAAAAGAUGACACAUGCUGUAGCUGAGAUAUUUUUUGAUUCAUCUACAUUCUUUAGCUCCACUUAUUAUAACUGCUGGAUUUUAAAGCAUGAAGUUUUAUCAGACAUAGAACCAGUACACAGACAGGAAGGGAUUACUGCUUGCUGUCUGGCACUAAAGAUUCUUAACAAGCAGGGACGUUAUUUGGACACUUAAGAGGAAUAGCAGAGGGGGGAGCCACUAGGAACUGAAAAACAAAGGAAAGGUUUAACUACCUACCCAGGAACACAUAAACGUCUGGUGUCCGUGAUGUGCAGGAAGGGCACUAGAUACAGGACAAGUGUACUUCGGUGAGAGCUCUGCUACUAAUGAACUGUUACCUUGUAUACUCCCUUCGUACCUCGGAGUCUUGGGCUCCUCAUCCAUACUGAGAACAGUACACUAGAUUCUGAGUCCUUGCAAGUAGAGGGAUUUGUCAUGGGUGGGGAACUGUGGGGUUAGCUACUCAAUGUAAUUAAUUCCAUAAAGAAAAUGUAAACAUCCACCUGGAAUUGCAGAGCCCUGGCAGACAUCUGAGGACCCCACACACACUGUAGACCACUGAUUACAUUAUCUCUGAAGUCCUUUUCCACUCCAAAUUCUUGUGUCUAGUCUGUCCUCUUUAUUAUAUAUUACCCUUAGGCUAAUUAAAAAUGUUCUUGUUAAUCA